AUGUUGUGGCGUGAGGAUUUUGCUGAACGUCCCGAGCCUGUUUCCAGUCGCGCGAAGAGGCUGAGGAUGGACGACAUGCCCCAGACGUCAGGCAUGGCUAUCAAGCUGGACCUGCCCAGCCAAGACGAUGAAUACCCGGAUAUCGAUGACCUUGUUCCCCCCUCGUCCGUUCUUCGGUCUGUCGCCAAACUUCGGGCGAAAUCCGUCCCCGUGGUGGCAGACAGCCCUUGCCCACAGGCUGCGACGAGAUUGGCCUCCCAGGGUAACGAUGUGGAUGUCGCCGGGAUGGAACCGCCCAGCAGCAUGAGUUGGGAUGCGGACAGGUGCAUUGAAGCGGUGGGCUCGGGUUCGCCUGGCCACGAUCUGGACAGUUCUCCGUCCAUAACCGUCGAGACAUUGCCGGAUUGUGUCACAUCUAGCCGGAAACGCAAGACACCCUCGUCGCCCAGUCCCAACCAUGACGAAUCCAUCGAGGUGGGACUUACACCCUUCACCCAAACUAACAAGAAGCCCAAGACAAGGGACGAUAUCGUUUUGGACUCGGAGGACGACAUGGUCAUAUCGUUGAUGCACCAACCACCCGUGGAUGACCACCGAAGCAGCCCUGACCCGGCUGGCAGCCAUCAACCCCCCGACGAGGACCAGCACAUGGAGAUCGAAACACCGGCUCCCACCCACGAGACUCGGCCCGAAGUGCCGCCGCAUUUUGGGGAUCUUUCUCCCGCUACCGCUAUCCAAGAAAAGGACAUGGGGGAGCCGUCUAGUGAUCCUGUUGAAGAAGUUCGGUCUGAUGAGGCCGUGCCAUCCCAAGAUACCCUGCCCAAACAACAAGACUCGCAAGGCUCGCGCGAUUCCAACCUCAGACGGAACAAGCAUCUAUUUCAUCUAUUUCUUGAGCGCCCAUCUGUGUUGGACACCAAGAUCAUUUUCUUUGAUGACCAGCUGCAGAGAAAUAAGGAGGCAUACACUCAACUGUCUCCUGUGAGAAUGCACCGAGGGAAGACCGAGCACGGGUGCGAGAUGCCCGGAACGCGUUGGUACAGAAGCGAAAGGCUUUGGACGCCAUCAAAGUCCGAGCACGAAAACUAUAUGGAGCUUAGCAACAAAAGGGAGGAAUUAUGGGGGGCCAAGGAGAGGGAACUUCUCGCCCAACUCGUCGCCGUGGGUAUUGAUGACCUGGAUUUUCUCAAGGAUCCGAAUGACUCCAUCGCAGCCCCUGAUUCACCCGUCAUUCCUGUUGUGUUUGCCACACAGCCGUCUCACAAGCUCGGCCCGGCAGCCUUGUCGAAAAGGGGUGCCGACAUCCCGGAAUACAACUCCCAGGUGGUGCUCCAGACCCAACAACCAUCGCAGAACCGAACCCAACAGCUAUCACAGGGCCGAACCCAGGAGACAGCAGGCACCACGCUCGUGAACACAGCUACCCUGCCCUCGCUCCCAUCUUUCUCCCAGGCACGCGGCUCGGCCAGACCUAGCAACCCGCGCACAGACCACACAGAUGAUCGAACCUGCAUAGAGAUACUGGAUGAUGACGAUUUUGGGAAUGCCAUCAACGAGGGCCACAUGGACUUACGAGACUCUUCCCCGCUUUCCAGCCCUGAUGCAGAUUUUCUGCCGAGGCCAAUGCCCACCAAGCCGACCAGAACACCUAGCAAGCAUAUGAAGGCGUUUGCUUCUGACCAGUUUGACGACUACAGCGACGAGGAAGAAAUGUUGGCAGCCGCAAACAGCUUUGAGCUGCAACAGCAGCAGCAACAGUCCACAUCCGUCACGGCCGCAUAUCCCGUUCGCACUGAACUAUCCGAGUCAUCGGGGAAUGCUGCGCUGCCGCCACCACGGAAACGGGCGUCUGCCCCGCCCAUGCGCUCUCACAACAAUUUGAUGAACGAUCAGGUGGCCCAUCUGACCCGCCUCAACAUCCUUGCUGCAAUGUCAACGGGGACCAUCAACAACGCACUCCGCAACCACAUUCUAGGCGCUUUCCACCAGCCUAACCCAGAGCAUCACGUCCAGCUGCUCUAUGUCACGCCCGAAAUGAUCACCAACAGCCCUGCUUUCAAAAAGGGCAUUCAAACCCUCUAUGACAAGGGCAAGCUAGCCCGCAUCGUCAUCGACGAGGCUCAUUGUGUGAGCCACUGGGGGCACGAUUUUCGGCCCGACUAUAAGGCCCUAGGGACGUUUCGAGCCGCCUUCCCUGGCGUCCCAGUCAUGGCGUUGACCGCGACCGCUACCAAGAACGUCAUGGCCGAUGUGAAGCACAAUCUCAGCAUGGAGAACUGUGAGAUCUUUACUCAGAGCUUUAACCGCCCGAACCUUUACUACGAAGUCAUUCCCAAGGCCGCGCGUUUUAUUGGAGGCAUGGGCAAACUCAUCACCACGAAAUAUCCCGGGCAGUGCGGCAUCGUCUACUGUCUGUCCCGCAAAUCUGCCGAGGGUACGGCGACUGCCCUCGUGACUAAGCAUAACAUAAAGGCUCGCUAUUAUCACGCCCAGAUGGACCCCGAGGCCAAGGUCGAAGUUCAGGAGAAGUGGCAGAAGGGCGAGGUCCAUGUGGUCGUCGCCACGAUUGCUUUUGGCAUGGGCAUCGACAAGCCAGAUGUUCGGUUUGUCAUCCAUCAGAAUAUGCCCAAGAGCUUGGAGGGUUACUAUCAAGAAACUGGACGCGCGGGCCGGGAUGGGAACCCUUCGGAUUGCUACCUUUACUUUGCCUACAGCGACAUCCCCACCCUGAGGCGAAUGGUGAACGAAGAUAGGGACAAGCAGCCCGCGGAGAAGGAGCGACAACAUGCCAUGAUCAAUCGCAUGGUGUCGUACUGCGAGAGCUCCUACGCUUGUCGCCGGGUUCAAAUCCUCCGAUACUUCGACGAGGCUUUCAAUGCGAAGGAGUGCGGCAGCAUGUGCGACAAUUGUGUCGCCGGGCUAACAAGCGGGGAGCCCGUUCUUGAAGACUUUACCGAGUGCGCUGUGGCUCUUCUCACGGCCAUCCAGUCCCAAGGGAAGAUCACUUUGGGCAAGCUAGUCGAGGUCGUGACGGCGAGCAAAAAUGUUGGGAAGCACCAGCACAUCCCUGGCUUUGCGGUCUGCAAAGGAAUGAAGAACUACGAGGUGCAGCGGGUCGCCAUGGCUCUCCACGCCGAGGGCGCCUUAAAAGACCACCAAGAGACAUGCGUGAGCAAUGGCAUCCCCGUCACCAACUACAAGCUGGACGCGCUGGCUCAGGAAUACCUUAAGAAGGGACGACGGCUGCGUUUGGAAGUGAGGAGGCCGGAUUUGGCUCCGCCGCCGAUGAAAAAGAGAGGGCGUGGCGCCAAAGCCAACCAGUCGCCCCCGGAUACCCUUGGCGGCGCACGGGGGAGAGGUCCCCCGCCGUCCACAAAUAUCUCGUCGCCCAUCUCUGGGCUGUCGAGAAAAUGGAACGACAGAUCCGUUGUGCCGACACCCGUGGAUGAGGGAGAUGAGGGCGACGAAGUUGAUGCGGACGACACGGGCGACGAGGGUGACGAAGGCGACGCGGGCCGCGACCUGCACGCCAACGGCUACGAGCGGGACGACUUUGUGGUUUCCGACGAGGAAGCCGAAGCGGCCUUCUUCGACCCCCCCGCCUUCCCCCAACGCCCUCCGCCCCCGGGCCGGCAGCAGACGCUAGACGAGUUGGGACCUCCCAUCUCGCGCGACCCGCGCCUAGACGAGGCGGGCCUGGACGAAAUCACCAGGACGUCGUCCAGGCGUUCGUCGAGCGGGCGCACGAGAUGGAGGAAAGCCUCCGAAACAAGCACGGGCUCCGCCGGGCGCUCUUUACCGAGCAGCAUUGACAAGUCCAAGGUGGACUUAUACGGCGCUAAGUUCGCCACCCUCGUCCAGCAGUUUCGCCGCCGAUACCAGGACAUGAUGGGCCAGGGAGCCUCGUCGCCAUUCUCCGCGGCCGAGAUUGCGCCGAAGCGGCAGAAGAAGCGCGAGGUCGUCGACCUCAUCAGCGACGACGAGGACUACGGCGGUCGCCAAGGCCGUGGUUCGCGCUCCCAGCGCCGCGAUGGGAGCGACAGGGCGGCCAGGGCCUCGGAGGAGAACGAGGACGAAACCUGGACCCCCAACGCCCGCUGGCGCGGCGGCAGGCGGUCGAGCUCCGUCAGAGGCCGGGGCGGAAGGGGUGGCAGGGGCGGCCGCGGGGGGCCUUCGCGCGGUUCCUUCCCUCGCGCCAACUCGACGGGCGGCGGCGUCACCAAGCGCGGGGGGUCCGUCAGCCGGCAGUUCGGGCGGAGCGGUAGCACUUCGGUGGCCAAUUCGCGAGGCAGACCGGCUUCCGGCUUUGGGGGGUCCGGUGGGGCCGGCGGCGGCAUUCCCAACAUGCCAUACUGA